UUUUGAGAUGACAGAUGUACAGAAUUCACCCUAAACUGGAGAGGGGAAAGAAGUAAAGUCAGCUGAUCUGGGACUCCCCUGAGGGAGCACGGUCUUUAAAAUGAGUCUCUCUGGGGGGAGAGAGGAGGUUGCUACUGCCUUUAAAAUGUCACCCUAUGUUAAGGAUGACAUAGACCACAAAGUUGAAAGCCCAAUCCAACAGGAGAGACCAGUCUCACCUGUACCCAGCUGUGUGUCCAUGAAGAGUGACCAGUCUAUGAUGGCUCCAAUCACAUUCGGAGAGAAAGAUUCUGCUUCUAAACAGAGCUCAAUCCAACAGGAGAGACCAGUCUCACCUGUACCCAGCUGUGUGUCCAUGAAGAGUGACCAGUCUAUGAUGGCUCCAAUCACAUUCGGAGAGGAAAAUUCUGCUACUAAACAAAGGAUCCAACAGGAGAGGCCAGUCUCACCUGUACCCAGUUGUGUGUCCAUGAAGAGUGUCCAGAUACAGUCAGUUUCAUUCAGAGAGGGAAUCUCUGCUACUAAACAGAGAAACAGUCUGGAGAGAUCACAGUCAGAGACCGAGACAGAGAGUCAGUUUACCCAGAGUCAUCAAACGGACCUGUCCUCCAUAUUCAGGUCGCUCGAAGACGAUAUCAUGACUUUUCUGAAGAGUCAGUUGAAGAGGUUUAAGAGGAUUCUGAGCUCAGAGUGCUUUGAGAGCCAGGGGGAGGACAAGGAAGUAGUGGAUAUUGAAAUUGCAAAGCAGGAGAGCAAUGCCAGGGAGGGAGCUCUGAAGAUCACACUGCAUAUGCUGAGGAACAUGAACCAAACAGAGCUCGCUGACAUACUGGAGAAAAGUAAGUCUUAAAGAGUGAAUCUACAGUAGGGGGAACAGCACCACUGGCCGCCCCACCACUGUUGUUUUUGUUGCCGAGCUGAGGCGCAUUGUGCAGCAUUAGUCAAAUAAAUUGCAGUAUAUAUGCUUUUCUAUCGCGCGUGCAAUGAUGUCUGAGGGAAAAAACUGUAUUUGUUGUUUGCAGUAACUUCUUUCUUGUUGUAAUAUCGCAAAUGGACGUGGCAGUUUCACCAUUAAGGAUUCCAGCUUUAAGUCUUUAACCUGUUAAACUCUGAGCAUUGUUUUGUACUCAGUACCGGGAGCGCAAGCUUAAGUGGACUCAGAAAGUAGUAAGUGACAUAUCUUUUGAAAACUACAUCACUUGUCUUUUUGGAAAUCGAGCUCAAAUCUUACUGCUGGCAAAGUCAUAAGAAUGCUCCCGCCCACACCCCGUGCGCUAUGGUCGUAUUCAUAGGUAUGCAAUUUAGGUAAACUCACCAAAGUUGCGAAAAUGUUGUAUGCAUGGAAAGGGGUACACCCUAGUGGUCAUCGUAAUGCAGUGCAUUUAUUUAUCAUCCAGAUUUCAAGGUCAACUCCCUCUUUGAAACAACUUGCUUGGUUUUAAAUGGCCUAUGUGGCAUCGAUAUGAGUCAGAAACAUAUUUCUAGAGUAAAAAUUGUCUACAAAGUGUAAAUAGGAUAGUUUUGGUUAUAAAGUCAG